GAACAGCCCGGGGGCCGUUGUGGGGCGCGGCCGCGCGCCCCCCUCCCCUCCCCCACCCCCGCGCAGAGCCAGACGCAGCGGCGGGCGGGGACAAGAUGGCGCGGCCCCCAAAGUAAACAGCCCGCGCCUCCUCUCGGAGACCCCGCCGAGGCUGCCGCGCUGCAGAGUUCUGGAUCAGAUACCACCUGAGGAGCCACUGAGAAACAUUUAAGAAGCUUUCCUGAUGCAGGUACUACUAUGAGACAGGACAAGGACAACCUCUCUUAGUUUCGAAAUAUUUCGAUAUUUGUGUAAACUACAGCAGUUAAAAGGGCCACAUCCGGCUUGUUUCCUGUAGGUUUGGAAAGCACCAAUACCAGCAGGAAAGCGAGAAAGGAAAUGAAAUCCAACACUACUGUAGAAACAAAGAAAGAAUCAUCUGUUAUCCAGAAGGGUUCAGUUUCAUUACCAGGUUUAUCUUCUAGUCAUGUGAAGAGAAAAAGUAAAAAACAGUUCUCAGAAAAUGUUAAUGAACCUAUGGUUUUAAAACCAGUAACUCUAGUGGAAUCUUACUUAGAUCAGUCCUUACAGAUUUCAUCUCUAAACAAAGAUGGUAUGCUGGAUGAACUGCAGAUGCUAGGUGAUAUCACUAAACAUCUAAAUCAGAUUAUAAACACAUUGGAAAAUAUCUAUAAAAAAGAUGUUGAAGUGAAAGAGGAAGAAGAUGUACAAGAAGACUCAAGUCAGAAAGGUUGUGAGGAUAUGACGGAGUCACUGCUGUGUUUCUCAACAAUCUCAUCUCAGUUAGAAGCAUCAUUUGAUGAAGAAAGAGAAAUACUGGAAUCUUUGGCUAAGUGGUUUGGAAAAGAAGCCCAACUGAUGGAAGAACUAGGAGAAGAAGAACAUGCUGCAGAUUCUGUACUUCCUAUGGCUGACAAAAAUAUACUGGAAGGCAUUUCUAAACUGACUCUAUGCAUCCAGAGGCUUGAAAGACUGAAGAGUUUUAUUCAGAAUCUUCCAGGGCAUGCUCCUCCUUCUGUAGUAAAGCAAGAAGUUAAGAAAGACCAGGAAAAGAGAAGAAAAUUGAGUACUGUCGUGUCAAGUCAUAAAGACCCGAGGACUGUUUUAGAAGAUCUUGUAAUGAAGCAUGGAACUGAGGAUGUGAUUAGUAUGACACAGCUCUUUGAUGAGGAUGCACCAACACAAACUUCUGAAUCAAUGAAUACGCGCAUAUUAGAAAUAGUGAAAGUAUUUGAAAGACAAACAAACAAAUUACAGAGAAUUUCAAAUGAACAAGAUCUCCUGGAAGCUAAAUAUGAGAAGAUAAAAAAUGAAUAUCAGUUGCUAGCAGAAGAGAAACAGAUAAUGGAGGAUGAAUUUAAAAAAAAGAAAGAGGGAGAAAACCUAGGGCAAGAAGAACUAGUACCGGCAUACAGGAAUACAUUUUCAGUGAAGUUGGAAGAAAAAAGUGCUAGUGAGAAAGAGGACGCCCCUGCUGCUGCCGCCCCUGCUGCUGCCGCCCCUGCUGCUGCCGCCCCUGCUGCUGCCGCCCCUGCUGCUGCCGCCCCUGCUGCUGCCGCCCCUGCUGCUGCCGCCCCUGCUGCUGCCGCCCCUGCUGCUGCCGCCCCUGCUGCUGCCGCCCCUGCUGCUGCCGCCCCUGCUGCUGCCGCCCCUGCUGCUGCCGCCCCUGCUGCUGCCGCCCCUGCUGCUGCCGCCCCUGCUGCUGCCGCCCCUGCUGCUGCCGCCCCUGCUGCUGCCGCCCCUGCUGCUGCCGCCCCUGCUGCUGCCGCCCCUGCUGCUGCCGCCCCUGCUGCUGCCGCCCCUGCUGCUGCCGCCCCUGCUGCUGCCGCCCCUGCUGCUGCCGCCCCUGCUGCUGCCGCCCCUGCUGCUGCCGCCCCUGCUCCAAAAGGGCGGUCUAAAUGGCAAUCAAAGAAAGUUUCUUCAGGUCAGACUAAAAAAGAAAAUGAAAAAUUGAAAAUGCGAGAAGAUUUACUUAAAGCUCAGGAACAUCUGCAUGUUCUUCAAAGAGAGAAGAUAAUCCUUGAGGAAAAGCUGAAAAGAGCUUUACAGGAAGCUGAAAAUGCUAAUAAGCAACUUACAAACUUAGCAACAUCUGUCCCUAUUCAAGACACAGAAAUUGUUCAAGAUGCACACAUCAGUUACAAAAAUGCAGAAAAGGGUAAAAAUGAUGAUUCUGACAUUGAUAUGAAAAAAUGUGCUGAAGAUGCAUCUAAAAAAGGCCAAAAACCAACUAAAAAUGAAGGCAGCAGAGAGGAUCAUAAAGUGUCACCAUCCAAGUCCAUUAGUGAAGCUGAUGAAUUAGUACACAAAUCGCUAGCAAAGAAUCAAGCGAAACAAGCAAUAACGAAAAGUCCUGGAGAAAUGGAGGAAACUGAAGAAGUUGCAAUACUGUCUCAAAAGAAGGAUGUUAAACUAGGAAAAAAAGGAUUAACGGAGGGAAAGAAGUCUGAAGAUCAUGGUGUUUCAGCAAGCGAGCUAAAAGGAAAAUACCUUUUUCAGGAGCAAGGAGAGUCAUAUAAACCUAAAGAAUUACUUUCUAGCAUGGGAGAGACUCCAAGACUUCCUGCUUAUCCAUCUGGACAAGAAAACAUACAGUAUUCUUCUAAACAUACUGAUGAGAAGCCAACAUCACUGUUAUCUGGUAAAACCCAGCAAAUGUCAACAGCAACCAGAGCAAACAGAAAAUCAGAGUCUCCUUUGAAAUUAGACCCCAAAGGACUGGUUACAGCUAAGAAAACCACAGAAGCAAAUGAAGGCAUUUCCCUGGAUAACAGCACACAGAAAGAGGCAUGUGGCACCACCGAUUCAGAUUUUGUGAACCUUCCAAAAAUCCAAGGAGAGUCGGAGUCACAUUUCUCCUUAAAUUAUCAAGAUCAAUUAUUGCCCAAGUCUUUAAAUGUACAUGAAGAUUCACCCCAACUAAUAUCAGAAAGACAGAAGACUGCUAUGCCUGCUAAACCCAGUGUCCAAGGUCAAGGGCAUUCUUUACCAUUGUAUGAAAACAAUAUGUUACCAUCAGUUUUACCUCCCAUAUAUCAAGAUGUGGCUCCUCUUAAAAGCUCCCUGUCCAGUCAUAAAACAUCUUCUGAAUCUCAGGAUGCUGAAGAAGUUUCUGUUUUCCCUGUUGAAAAGAUACCCACUUUGGAGACCCAAGAAAAAAUGCCUGCACUUACUACUCAAGAAGACAAAAAGGCACCUAUGCCAGUUCUUCCUGUCACACACGCUACAAAUGUAACUUUGGAAACUCACUCACUUGAGAAAAAAAAUCUUCCGUGGACUCAAAAAGAAGUAGUAGAUGUCAAAGAACUUUUUUCAAAUGCAGAAAGACUUCUAUUAUUAACUCAAAUGAAUAAAAUGCAACAAGCGUCAACACUUUCUCUGGCAGAAGCUGACCUGAACACUAGGAGGAAAACAACAGAGCUUUUGCACAGCAUGCUUGCUAAGCUGUCACCAGGUGUAGAAGAUCUGCAAGACAUGGAAGCUUUUGAAGACAGUGAAAUAGACAGCAUUACUGUUAUUGCAGAGGAUAGAUUAAAUAAGCUACCAAAACUUCUUGCAAGCUUGGAGUCAAAUCUGAAAGACCUGCAGGAAGCACUGGCUCUGGCAGAUGACCAAACAGGCAAUAUAAGUGAAGGACAUGGAUAUGAGCUAAAAAGGAUUUUAGCUACAAGUCUGGAAGCAAAACUGAAAGACCUGCAGCAAGUGGAGGCUUUCAUAGCAGAUCAGCUAGGCAUACGUGGGCUUGAUGAAAAGCAAGUAUACGACAUCCGACAAACAAGACGACUUCUAUUGUCGAGUUUGGAACUAACUCUGAAAGACCUGCAAAUUGUAGAGGCUAAUAUAAUUAGCCUGCCAGACAGCAUAAAUGAGGACAGACUGAAAGAAUUAAUCAACCAAAAAAAUAUUUUGCUGUCAAGUCUGGAAGAAAAUUCACAAGAUUUGCAACAAGCACAGACUAUUGUAGUAGACCAAGAAGACAAUUACAGAUUUUAUGAGAAAAAAAUGAAGGACCUAACAGAAAAAAGAAAGCUUUUGCUUACCAGCCUGGAAUCGAAUUGGAAAGAUCUGCAACAGACUCAGGCUCUGGCUGCUAGCCAACUUCAUGGCAUGAAUGUAGGAAACAAAGCAAAGGAACUCAUCAAGGAAAGAGAGACUUUGGUUGCUGAAAUAGAAGAAAAUCUAAAGAGCCUGCAGGAAGUUGAGAAUGUGGUAACAAGCCAUUUAAUCACAGACAGAUUCAGUGAGAAUGAAUUGUUAACGAAAAAAAGAAUCCUGCUUCCAAGUCUUCCAUCAGCCCUGUCAUCUGUUCAAAGUGCAGACAGAUCCAUUGCACCUGCACAGCCAACCUAUGACAACGAGACCACAUCACAUCAAAUGAUGCCAAGCAAAGUUGUAUCCAAAAUACAUUUUGACUUUUCUACACUUCCAAGCUUAGUACCAGAAGGGAGAGUUCAGAAGGCAUCAGAAAUUGAACUUCCUCAGAAGAGAAAGCUGAUGAAAAAACCCCCAGACAUUUCUGAGAAUAAAAGAGACUUUGAUGCCUCAACUCCUUACCAGACAGAAUGGGGUGCACUGUAUAUUUGUGGGAAGAGUUACCCUUUGCUGAGCUCAAAGAGUCAAGAAGCAAAAAGGAGGUGAACUGUAAACCACAGCAUCUGCUGGAGAGAUGGGAAAACAUACACUGGAGUCAACAGUGGACUGAGAAAUAGGUGCACUGUAUGGUUUUUCCUUUCUUUGCUAAAUCAUCCAGUCCUGAUUUAAAGUAAAUUGAAGAUUUCUGUGAACCAUGUGUCUUGAGUCUGAGACUGUAAGACAGCUGUUCUUGCUCCUUUAGCUGUUCGCUGCAGCCUCUCACCCAGGAAAGUAGUUCAAAAUGCAGUUUAAUAAGAAGACCUGCCAAACUGCGUUGAUUAGGCACAGGGAAGGACCAGAGAAGCAUUCUGACCAGCAAGCUGUUUUUAUGUGACUGAACCCUUUUAUCCCCCUAUCCCUGCAUUUUUCCCUCUGCUUGUUCCUUCCUAAACCACCUUGACCCCCCCCUUCGCUUCCACCCUGAACAGCCCAUAGUGAGUCUUGUACAGUGUCAUGCUGCUCUUCCCCUGCAUCCCAUAAUGAGUCCUGCCUGUAGCCCUAGGCUGUGACACCCCCUCAACACACACAGUGGGAAUGGUGCUCCAGGGAGCUCCUCCUCUUGACUUAGGGUGAUGGGUCUUGAUCCCUCUCCUGGGACAGCCCUGGAGGUCAGUUCUCCAACAGCAUUACUGAGGUUCCCCCCUCCAUGGCUCUGUGCUCAUUUGGGGGGGGGGGGGGGUAGGGGGCAUGAGUGCAAGAAAGUCUUUUUAAUGCACCUCUAUGCUUUUAUGAGUGCUGUUGAUUUUAGACUCUAUUAAAACAAUUGGGCUCCUCCUGCCUGUAUUUAGAGAAGAGGAACAGCCCCCCCAACUCCACAGGAUAAUUUGGAAAAAAUCAGAAGAAAGUUAGAAUUUAGUUCAGAGAAAAAAAAAAAGUUGUAGAUGGUAGAUACCAUGAACAUGCUUCAGAUUAUCAAAACCACUUUGUAAUCAAGUGUACUCAAUGUAGAACACCAUACCCAUAACAAAAAAUUCAUAAGACACUUUUCUUACAAAAUACAGUAUUUUUCUCAAUUGCUCUGUGUGGUGUUGUAAACAAAUGGUCUAUUUGGUAGGGCAGAUUAAUCAAAAUACUUCACGUGACUUAUUUAGCACAAAUGCAGUACAUGAAAGGCAAUAGCUUUAGGUAAGUUACCACUUAAUAUGGAAUAUGAAGCACUGUGCUGCACCCUGACUUUUGUGCAUUUUAUACAACAGCUACCAUUUGUUGCCAAGAUCACUUUUAUUUAACUCAUUUCUCAAACCUCAUCUAAAGGGACACAUACGGUACUAUUACCAUGUCUUGCAUCUUGCCCAUCUCAGUUUGUUGAAUAGUAUCACUGUACAAGAUAAAGAGAUGACAUUCAUAUAUUUUAAGAUACUUUUAUUUAAUAAAUAACUUCAGUAAUAGCACUGUAAAAAGUGAACAUCUGUUAAAAUAAAAAGGCACUUAAAACAAGGAUAUGACUAUGAGGCAAUUCGAAUGGUCAAAGGCAAAUAUACAUGGCACAUGUCAAAAAUGAUGUGUGACUCAUGUCACAUGACAAACUAUGCAAUCUUAGCUACAAGGUAAAGGCAAAUUUACAGCUAAGACUGCCAAAAAAAAAGAGCGCUUGUGUCGAUACAAAAAUAUUACAAAAAGAAUUGCAACCACAUAGGUUAAAAGAUUAGAAAGGUGACAAAGCACCAGGCUUUAAACCAAGGAAACAUUACAGAAGAAAGACACCGUAUGACAGAAGGCUCUUAUGUGUUUUGAGGAUGUCUUGGUAAAAAGUACUUCAUGAUACUGCCACCCAGGACUUGAAUUUACAAAGAAAAACUAAGCAAGUUACCAGUCAGCAACUUUUUCAGUAAUGGCAUGUGUUUUAAAGCUGUUUUCUCUUUCUUAAGAUUCUUCCCAACACCUUUCAUCUUAACCAUAAUCUGGCAUUAAGGAAUUUAAGUAUGCACACACUUUUCAGUCAUUUACACUGCUCAUUUCCAGCUUACUCAACUUACUAUAUACUUAAUCACAUCUAGCAAGUAGAAGACCAGUUAUUCAUCAGCUCCGUACUAAGUGAGUUUAAUUAUGUCUGCAAACUCAAGCCCUGAUUUCCCUGUAAAGCUUAAAAUUUUAAUACUAAAUGGCUAGGCAGAGCCCUCAUACUGAUUGCUUUAACCAUUUCCCUCCCAGUCAUGUCAUAGCAGUAUCACAUCCUGUAGAAGACCUAGAUUCACAGCACAGGAGGAAAAAAACAUCAAAAAGGCACCAUGUGACCUUAGCUGACUAAGCUAUGCAGUCUCAAGUUUUUUUGUCAGACCCUGGCACUGAUUAUUUUUAUUUGCAAAAAAAUAAAAAUAAAAAAAUUACAUAUGGUACAUUUUCAAAACCUGCACAGGAAAACAAACCUAUAUGUAAUGAAUUAGUAAAAUCACUGCAGUUUGCCCUAAAUCUAUCUUACUGUGACUACAAAAAUUGCUAUGCUGCAUACAGUGUUGUGAAGUUAUACAAGCAGUGCUCAUUUUCCCUCAUAUUUAGGAUUGACCACAGUUGUCACUGCACUCUUGUAAAUAGGAUUUUCACCCUAGAAAAAGAAAAAUAUUUAUAUUAGCAUUUGAAGAGAUGAAAAAAGCAUGGCAUUUGUGAAAAGUGUAAAAAAUAGCUUAGAAAAUUACCCAUUAAUGUUUUGCUUUUACACACAAACAGCUUAAGUCAAACCAGAUUUCCCUCUAGCAACUCUAACAAAGGCAUGCUCAGCUGCUAAAGCAAAGGGUUAGGGCAUGAUCCUACUCAGCUUAUGCCACAGGUUCCCUCAGAGCUGAUGAGCCGUGUGUGCUCAUCAGAGGGCUGAGCAGUCAGCACAAGGCUGCAGCCCACGAUACCUUUUAGAGAGGAAAAGAAUUGCAAACAACCUUGUUGGAAACCAUGACUGACAGUUACAGACCACAUGCUACUCUAACAGACAUUUAAAUAACCUACUUCAUAUUACAAUAAUUUAAUUCUAGAAAUAAAGCACAAAGGCUUGAGGUAUUUUAAUAAUACACAUUCAGUAUUGAUGUUGAGUGUUUAGCACUUGUCAUUCUCACUUUGUUCCUGCAUUUUUUUUCUGAUAUGCAUAAAAUGCACAGUUAAAACUAAGACUGGUGCAAAUGCUGUAGUAAAAACAUUAUUUCUACUGAUGUAAGAUAUGCCUACUGAAUAAUUGCUUAUUUCUUCCUUACUGACAUUUGAAAACCUCUAAAAUAAGCUUAUUUUAAGCUUCCUUUGUUCCAAAGUUUUCUGUAUGACUUUUACCUCAGUAAAUCUUACUCAAUUUAUGGCAAGUCCUUGUAUGCCUAAGAUGAAUGGCUUGAACUCAAAUAGAUAAAUCCUAUUAGAAAGAGAGCUACUGCUACAUUUCUGUUGAUACAGUGUGGAUCUUCAGUGCUGUACUCCUAUCACAACCUAAACUUCAACCUAAAUAAAUGUUGUUUACCAACAUAAAAGUUCUUCAGUGAAUACAAGGAAUAUUUCUUGAGGAAAUUCAGUACAGUGCAAAUGUCAGCCUGAAUGUAGUUCUGGCCAGAACCGUAUCUCGCCAUCAUCAGCAGUAAGGGAACACUUGUGCCUUUGAAGUACUAUCCAGUUGAUACAGCUUGUAGCAUAUUAAUUUAAUUCUACUCUAUGAAAUUACAAAGCAUUUUAAAUAUUUCAGGUUGAAACAAUUUUUUCGUACAGUGAAUUAAAGGAUAUCCUCUUCCUCCUCUAUCCCCCAACUUGGGAUGCCAGUUUUUGAUAGUCUGUUUUGGGUGUAGAGCAAAGUGGGUCUGUUGAACUUGCAGCUUUAAUAAAAUAGAAUUGCAAUAAUUUUGUUCCUUGUUCUUCUUGCAAGAGUCAGCAGACUGAAUCUUCAAGAAGGACUUUUAUUGGGAACUAAGGUCAAAUUUUAAACCAAGACAGAUUAUUUUAAAAAAAGUCAUCCACCUUUCCUAAGUGAUAAAUGGAGAUACCAUAUUUUGUAACAACAGCAUUAGUAGAAGAGAGGUUAAUGAAAAUACAGAACUUUGUGGUGUUUUUUUUCCUUUCGUAUUAUGUUGCUAUUUAAGAAAGCUCAAUAUAACAUUUUCUACUUGGGACUCUGUUGCUUAACCAGAGGAGUGUGUCUGGAACUCACUUGAGGAUUCAGUGCUGGGACAGCUGAAAGGAGUAUUCUCAUCUGAAUACCAGAUGAGAAAGCUUUCCAUUCACUUUUCUUACUUAAAGAGAGAGGUGUUGGGUAGUCCUUCAGAGUGUAAGUAUUAUAAUGCCUUCUGCUUAAAUUUAACACAGCUAAAACUGCAAGACAUAAGCGUGACCUUGGUAUCUCAUGACUUAGAAUAAAUAGUGUUGCUCUAAGGAAGUGCCUUAUUCAUAGGUACGUUUUUAUACCAAUACAAACAUCUUGGUUAUGUUUCCCUUUACUUGGAUAUUUCCUUUUACAUGGUAGUAGAAGUCGGUCACUGGGUCUCAGCUCUGGCUUGGAGAGGUCAUCUACAGAUAGCGUAUCAUUAAAACUAAUAAGGACAUAGUAUGUAAAUGUCUACUAGUCUAACACUGAUCUCACUUCUCUUAGGUCACCUCACAGCUAUCACAUGUUAAGAGCUUUUAGAGAAAAAACAACCUUCUAGAUUUUUAAUUGGACAUUAAAACAUGGUGUUCCAAACCUCCUGUCAUAGACAAAUACUAUUGUUUUUUAAAUAUAUUUGUUUGCUGUACAUCAAUGCAGAAAAUAUACUGGUUUAAGCAUGCAAAGUUAGAGAAAACACUUUUGCCACAUGCCCUUAGAAAUGAAAAUAUCAUGCACACUUGAACCGAAAUGGAAUUGACAAGCCAUAGCUAUAUGCAAGAUACAAAGAGUCGAAUAUAUUAGAAUAAAGCUAGAGUUAUUAAAAAAAAAAAAAAGUACCUACAGAGAAUAAAGAAUAAAGAAAUAUUUAUUUUAACUAGACUGGGCUGCUCAGAGGGUAAGUUUACCCUACUGCUGGAAAAAGACAUACUAUAAAGACUACUACAUAGGAUUUUUGCUUACCAUUUUUCUCGAUGAACUUGCUAUUUCAACAGUCACCUAAACUACCUAUAUAGUGGGUUUAAAUCCUAUGUCACCAUAAGAAACUGAACUCUUGAAUAUUCAAAACUUGUCCAAAUACAUUGUUCAAGAGCCGUGUCUUACUAUUUUCAGCUCUCAUAAAUGAUCAUUAUUUUUCAUCAAUAUAAUACAAGUCAUCUGUCAACCUGUAAAAUGGCAAUUGCAAAAAACGAAGACCUAGCUUAAGGGCAACAGAAAUGACAGGGUGUCAUCUACUGCUCUACUGGAAGACUGCAGGUGAGCAGCUAACCCACUAUUAAGCAAGUUUAAUGGUAUAUUAAUAGUUCAAAUCUAAACCAGGCAGGCAGUGAAGACCGUAAGGUCAGACAGCAGUGGAAUGACACUAAGAGAGUAUCUAUGCUGCAGGCCUAGGACAAACUGAACCCAGUUGAAGCUACCUAGCUUGAGCAUCAACUGCAAAGAAGCCCUGGUGAUAGCUCCCUCCCCAUGGCACACCCAACACUGGCAAAGUAUUCGGGCACCUCGUCCGUGGCGUGCUCCGUGCCGCAGCAGUUCUACUCAUGGCAAUAAUCAAGCUGCAUACAUGUAUAACUGCAACCAGGCACGGGGAGGGUUAUAGAAACUGCAGUCGGGUUUUGUGUAUACAUACAAACCUGGAUGCAAUCUCUUCCAGUGGAUUUUUCUUGUAAUGAGGAUAGCAGAUUGCUUCCUUGCUUUGGUAACACAGGCAACUAUCUUCACCUUGCAGUAAACGGAAGCUUACUUCAACAAUCCAACAUGCCCAGAAAUCUUAGUUACAGGGGAAAGAGGACUUUCUCCUUUUCCUUCCUAUGACUGACCCAUUCUAACAGUACUGAUCUCCUGCUUUUUUGGUAGCUAAUAGAGUUAGAACCGUCUCCUCUUCACUUUCUCCCCCUGCCCAGGUUCAGAAAUUCCUGUGAUUACUAAAGAGGAUAAAAUCCUAUUUAAAAACUGACACACCUCAGACUUCUUUUGAUCUUCAGAGUGAAUGAAACAGAAGGAAGGGGGGGAAACCUUUCUUGAAAAAGUACGUUUUGAGGUGAAAUGGCAGCACUGAGGACAUUAGACCCUGGGAGAGUCAUGAGGAAAGGGGAGAGAACACAGAAUGGAAGUUACACACGAGCUGGGUUGUUAGAUGCUGGUCCUACAUGCAGCAGAGAAUAUGCAAGCGAAAAGCACAAAAAAAGGUAACAGAGCCUUAACCAGAUGGACUGUGUAAAAUGUUAGGAUGGAAAAAACUUAAUUUCCUCUCCAGAAUAAUCAACUCUGAGAAGAAAAAUGGAAAGGAGCUGAAUGUGGUCCAAGUGGCAAGCAAAAUAAACAUUUUUACAAUCAGUUUUGGAGACAACGGAAAGUGAGGUGACUGUAGGAAAAAAAGGAAAGAUAAUUCAUUAAGCAAGAGCUCAGAAUGCUUGACAAAGUAUUUGAAAAUGUUAAUCACAGUGAGGACAGAUAAUGAGUUUAAAUAUCCUUAUCUCCUGCUUUCUCCACUGAUUUUUCCUUUUCAAAAUCAAAUUUUGAGUGCAACACUGAAAUAGGGAGAUAGCAGACAGAAUAAAAUUAGAGGUACAGAUCCUUCCCUUCCACUGGCCCCUGCAAAAUCCCGUUGAAAUUCAAAUGGAUGUGUUGCCUUCCUCACUUUCUCAGAUCCCACUCCCUUCCUCUGACCUGAUCUUCUGUAUCUCUUGAUACUCUUCUGACAUCUAUUCCCCAACUCAUCCUCCCUUUCUCACUCCUUCCCCAUCAACUGAGAAGCCCAGGGCAGGGGGAGAACACCUAACCUAAAGCAUACAAGAAAGCACUCGCCAAGUCCAUUGAAGAUAUCCAUUCCCUCUGCUUUACAGACUUGCUCCUCUGCGUGUUGUGGUUUCUCCUUGUGUGUGAAGACAACUGAAGCCAGCAUUUCCUCAAAAAAUGUGAGGUGUUCAGUCAGAGUUUAGAGGGGACAAAGAAAUCAGAGGAAAAUAUAACUGGAGGGGACAGGAAUAUUUCCUCCUCUCACAUCCUGUGGAGGACCCCAAGCUGACCGAGAUACAAGGACUAUGAUAUUGCCAGUUUCACUAGAACUGGAUGGAAAAGUAAGAUGCAUAUCGAAUUAUCAAUCCAACAGAGUAUAUGCACUUCACACUUUAAAUAUAGGCUAGUUCUGUGCUAGGUUAAUAUGACAAAGCAGUUAAUAAAAAUCUGUAAUGCUGCUCUGAGUGUUUCCAAAGUUAUGCUAAUGAAUUUAUAUAUAGGCUGGGAAAUCUGAGGAGCAUCUAAAGCAGCUUUGCAAACACAGCAACUUCAAGCAAACUGACUGCCGAUUAGAGGAAGUCACAGACAACCUCCCCCUGCCCCCCCCAGCUCUGGGCUUCUCCACAAUCUAAAGAGCUUUAAUUCAAAGAGCUGUUCCAUUAUAUAUAUAUAUCUCCAUGUAUUUAUCCACAGGUAGCUCCUUGUAGAAUAAUUUUUAAUCACUUGUAGAAUAAUUUUUAAGAUGAUACUUGUGGUAUUAGUAAGUAAGCAAUCUUGCUGUCAAAACAAAUGAAAGAUUUUCAAGCUGCAUUCUGUAAAACCCCAGAAUCAAAGCAGCAGUAGAUCAACUGAGCAAGACUCAAACUGUGAUUAACCGACUGUGACACACAGUGAGUUUGAAAAGUGACAUGCAAAGGAAAAAAAGGAAGAAAAUGAAAGAAAAUACAAACUGAGACUUAGAGACCAGCUUUACGUCCAUAGUUUGGAUUCUUGAAAUUGUUAAUAGGGCUCUUGUAUAUUGGAUUUUCUUGCUGAAGUAAAAGAAAUGGUCAGUGUCGAAUAAUUCAAUAGAAAGAAAGAAGGAAACAUUCUCAACUAUCACCAAAAAAUCAUGCUAUAUGUAAAGAAAAGUUAGUAAUUUCUUCCCAGUGUAGAAUGAAUUAAUUUAAACUUAAGAGAAUAAUAAUAAUAAAAAAUCUUUUUAUGAAGUGUAUAUGGGCUUUGAUUUCUAUAGAACAGUAGUGAAGGGUUUUGAUUAGUAGAUUUUUAAAAUUUGCCCAGGGAGGAGAGACCCUAUAAGCAUAUGUAAGCCUGCAGACCAUAGGCUUGUUUUUCUUAGAUAAUUUUCUAUUGACAAGGGGUUGGGAAGAUUUCAAUACACCAUUAUCAUCUAUGUUUUGUGACCAAUUACUGAAAUCUCUCAACCAAAUUUAUAUGAAUAUUUACAAGAUCUCUUUCAUAAGCAUGAAAUUUUCCUUUUUUUUUUUUAAACAAGAGUAACUCUCAUCUUCUGACAGAAGCUGUAUGCAUUUUAAUUGUAUGUUGUAGAGUGUGAUGCAACUGCAAAGCUGAACUAUUCUGUCUUCAUCACAUUUUCUCCCUGGAGUUUUAUUUCAGCCUAAGUUACUACUCACUUUUCUAAUCAAAGAUGUACUUCUCAAAGAGGAGGAUUUUUUGCUAUUGGUAACAAAUGACAUAUGUUUAAAAACAACUUAAAAUAAGGUUAUUUCUGUAUUCCAGCUUUUUCCCCUAUAGAGAAACAAUUGAAAUAUUUAAAGCACAUGAACAAAAGUUUUUAUUUUUCCUUAACUACUGUAACUUUUAUACAAGUAAAAGCCUCUUGACUUAC